AAAUCUGCCACAAAGCUCCAAAGUCUUCUUCUUCAUCUCCAAUGGCAGUAAAAGUCAGAAUCCACCGCUCCAUCAAUUCCUCUUCUUCUCCAAAUGAUCUCUCAAUCUCAUUCUCAUCAUCUUCUUCUCACUCAAUCAUCUUCCUUCUCAUUCGUCUUCCUCCCAAAGCUCAUCACCAAACCUACUCACUCCCUCUCCUUUAACUCUCAGUCCUCAAUGUUCCCUUCUCUCUCUCUCCGUCCACCUAACCCCACCACCACCGCCGUCUCCGUCUCCGACAACAACCGUCUUCUCAGUUCCGAUCCAGUCCCUCCUCUCCGUAUCGCCAUUAUCGGGUUUGGCAACUACGGCCAAUUCCUCGCCGAAACCCUAAUUUCUCAAGGCCACAUUCUCUUCGCUCACUCCCGAUCCGAUCACUCCUCCGCCGCUCGUCGUCUCGGCGUCUCGUACUUACCCGAUCUUCACGAUCUUUGCGAACGUCACCCUGACGUUGUCUUACUCUGUACCUCGAUCCUCUCCAUAGAGAAUGUCCUCAAAACGUUGCCGUUUCAGAGACUCCGUCGGAGCACUCUCUUCGUUGAUGUUCUCUCUGUGAAAGAGUUUGCUAAGACUCUUCUCCUUCAAUACUUACCUGAAGAUUUCGAUAUCCUCUGUACGCAUCCAAUGUUUGGUCCUCAGAGUGUGAAUUCGAAUCACGGCUGGGGAGGUUUAAGGUUUGUGUAUGAUAAAGUCAGGAUUGGGGAAGAUGAAUUGAGAGUCUCAAGGUGUGAGAGUUUUCUUGGGAUUUUUGAGAGAGAAGGUUGUAAGAUGGUGGAGAUGAGUUGCGCUGAUCAUGAUAAGUUUGCUGCUGAGUCGCAGUUUAUAACGCAUACGCUUGGCAGGGUUUUGGGGAUGUUGAGUUUGCAGUCUACGCCCAUUAAUACUAAAGGGUAUGAGGCAUUGCUUGAUUUGACUGAGAAUACUUGUGGGGAUAGUUUUGAUCUGUACUAUGGGUUGUUUGUCUAUAAUAACAACUCCUUGGAGAUGCUUGAGAGGAUUGAUUUAGCUUUCGAGGCAUUGCGUAAGGAGCUUUUUAGUCGACUU